UGUGUUAUUGUAUUAAUGUGAAAAUAAUUACAAAAUAAAUUUGGAAGAAAUAUGUAAUUUGUUAUCAUAAUGUGUUCAAAUAAUUCGAUCGGUGCUGUUGAGUUGGACUAUGUUGUUUUAAAGCUUAAUGGUAGUGACAUAACGUCCCUGUCGAAUUAUGAAGUGGUUCAAAUGUUCCUUCAAGCAAACGAAACCCUUGUAGUUGAAUUAAGUCGGAAGACGAGUAUCGUCACUAAGCCUAACGAAAGCCACACAAAAGAUGACGUGAUAUUGCAAUGCCAAGGUCAAAGCCAGCAAGAGACUGCUGAAACUUGUGCAAAUAAACUGAAUACUGCCAAUCCGUUACCGUCGUCGAUAAAUAAUCAAACCAUUUUAACACUACGUGCAUUUAAUAAUAAUGCCAUCUAUAAUAGAGUAGCUAAACCUAGCUCUCUUUCCAAAGAGACACAAACCGUGGAGAAUUAUUCAAUGCCUAAUCAGGACAUUGUGCGAACAAUUGCCGACCAUAUAAUCGAACAAGAGCAUAAUAUUUUUGAGCAAUGCCUUGAACCAGAAAUUGAUAUUGAGGAAGUAACCCUACAUAAAACAGAUGCGGCAAACAAUGAAAUUGGACUAAGUGUAUCAUGUAAUGGGUUCUUUAUAAAAAGCAGCAGCGAUGAAGGUGUAAGAACUGCUGCCUAUAACGACAAUUGCGAAACAGAUUUGGCGCCAGAAGAUCAACUUACCGAAGCGGAUGUUGAUGCAGAUGCAGAAGUUUUCAUUAGCGACAUACAGCCAAACAGUAUUGCCGACAAAGACGGCCGCCUAAGACGUGGUGAUCAAAUACUUCGCAUCAAUGGCAUUGAUGUUAAAACGAAAGAGCACGCUGAAAGAAAAAUCGCUGAAAAUAAGAUGGAUGUGACAUUGCUGGUCAGUCGUCUAAUAUAUCCCGCUGAUGAGUUCUCAGAUGGUGAUGGUGAUAAUGAUGUUGACUCUGAAUUGGAUAAUUUAAAUGAUGACAUCGACAGUAACUUUGAAUAUACAAAUGGUUUUCUUAAUGAUGACUACAUAAAUGUUGUUGACAAGUUAGAUAAACUGAUUUUAUCCCAAGAGCAGGACAUUCAAAUUAAACCCAUUAAUGGGCUAUUAACGGAAGUCGUCGCGAAUUCAGCAAAGCCGAUACCAGAAGCUCUGAAAGUUGUCCAUUGUAAAACUUCUGUAAACACUAUAGCGGAAAAGACACCAUCCGUUGAUCACUUAAAAACAUCCGCAUGUCAUACCAAGUCACAGUUUGAAGCUACAGAUGCCAAUUUAAGUCAGGGCAGAGGAUUACUAUUGAAGCAACCGAAGGAAAAAUCUUUGUUAAACACAAAAAAUGUUGCCCACCUCACUGCUUCAACGAAAUCAAAUCAAUUUGCUUAUGAUGAAAACGAACAUAUUUAUGAAACUAUACCUGAAGACUCCGAAUCUGAGCCUCUUUAUUGCUCACCAUAUCAAAGCUCUAACUACAUGACUACUGUAGGGUCUUGCUCGUCCACAGCAACAACAGCCGAAACCAACGUAGAAAUGCAGCAACAGAGUCAAAGAGUUGCUCAAUGGCUAGGCAUCAAGUCGCAUCUAAAUCCGACGAGUCCCAAGGCUGUGCAAAUUUUGUCUGGCAAACUGAACUUUUAUAAUAAUAAGCAACAACGCAUUUUCAAUCGUGUGUCUACACUGCGCAGUGCAGUAACAAAUACAAGUGGAUCAAGCAGUAGCGGAGCUGGAUACAAUGGUUUUGCCACACUUAAUUUGGAAAAAGGAGCUAAUCAAAAUAUAUGUAUAAAUUUCAGUGAAGAAGUAGAUAACUCGUCCAGUGCAUAUAAUACUGGUGGUUCUAACAAUAGUGCCAGUCCCCGCCAAAAUCUAAGAAGUGUAGACACCGAAAAUGUGGCAACGUCCAUUGGCAAUCAAGUCGCAAGUUCCAGCAUUACUAGCCCCAUAAACAGCAUUAUGAUGCCAUUUGGUAAAACCAGUCGCAUUCCAACCUGUUCUCAACCCAACGGUCCUCUUAAUGACAUUUCGGCUCACAACAAGGUAAUUGAUGAACAAAAUCAAUUUGCUAAGACGGAUUGCAACUCAAUUCGGCAAAAAUCAACCGAAGAACCACAAUCGCAAUGUCCACAAUUUAAUGCACCCAAUUUGAGUAGCUAUCACUUUGUCAGCAGUCAACAGGUAGCGAAAAAGUCUGAAGUCGAACUAAAGCAAAACUCGUUUGUGGUAACUACGAAGAACGCUUCAGAAGAAAUACCCAUGGUUUGGAAAGUUAAGCGUCGCCCGGAUGGAACGCGCUAUAUUGUCAAGCGCCCAGUGCGCAAUCGUAUUCAAAUGGGUAGUAUACGUAAGAGCUUGCGGAGCAAUGAAAUUACUACAACAGAGGAUGACACAAUAUCUGAAGUUAAGAUUGGCAGAUACUGGACUAAGGAAGAACGCAAGCGACAUAUUGAGCGAGCACGAGAGCGCCGACACCACCAAAUGCAACAGCAACAGUUACUGCAUCAUUAUCAUCAUCAGCAGCAGCAGAAAUAACUAUUACCUAGCUUUAAAA